AUGAUGGGCAACUAUGAGACGGCUGUGGCCCAGGUGGCCGCCGAGGUGAUGCUCUUCCACGACGCACAGAAGACGUGGAUCAGCGCGCCGGGCGUGCCGACCAACCAGCCGUCGUGCGUCCAAAUUUUGCAGCACAACCAGCAGCAGACGUUCCGGAUAAUUGCCACCCGGCAGGAGGACGGCAGCCUGAUCAUGAACUGCCGGAUACACCCGAGAUUCAAAUACCACGCCGCCAGGCCGAAUUUCCACCAGUGGCGCGACGACCUGAAGCAGGUAUACGGCCUGUGCUUCGCCUCGGACCAAGACGCCCAGGCCUUCCAGCAGCGGAUGGACUGGUCUAUCUCGGUGCUCCAACAGCUCCAGCAGCAGAUGACCAACGGCGAAUACCACUGCCCAG